AUGCCGUGGCCGUUCUCGGAGUCCAUCAAGAAGAGGGCCUGCCGGUACCUGCUGCAGCGGUACCUGGGCCACUUCCUGCAGGAGAAGCUGAGCCUGGAGCAGCUCAGCCUGGACCUGUACCAGGGCACCGGCUCCCUGGCGCAGGUGCCCCUGGACAAAUGGUGUCUCAACGACAUCCUGGAGUCGGCGGAUGUACCGCUGGAGGUCACAGAAGGCUUCAUCCAGACCAUCUCCCUGUCGGUCCCCUGGGGCUCCUUGCUGCAGGACAAUUGUGCCCUGGAGGUGAAGGGCCUGGAGAUGGUCUUCCGGCCCCGGCCCCGCCUGGCCACUGGCUCGGAGCCCAUGUGCUGGUCAAGCUUCAUGACCAGUAGCAUGCAGCUAGCCAAAGAGUGCCUCGGCCAGAGACUGAGCGACGAGCAGGGAGAAGGCGGCCAGCCCUUCGAAGGACUGGAGAAGUUUGCAGAAACCAUUGACACAGUACUAAGAAGAGUGAAAGUCACGUUCCUGGACACCGUUUUGAGAAUCGAGCAUGUCCCAGACGACUCGCAGUCCGGAACCGCGCUGGAGAUUCGGAUAGGAAGAACCCUGUACUGUGAUGAGGCUGCCGGUGAGUCCUCGGGGACAAACGUGCACCAGCCCACAGCCUUCGCCCACAAGCGGCUGCAGCUCUCAGGGGUGUCUCUCUUCUGGGAGGAGUUCUGUGCAUCAGCCAAGUCUUCCCCAGUGUGCUCAGCUGUGCCAGCGGAAACUGAGCCAAAGCUGUCACCCAGCUGGAACCCCAAAAUUGUGUAUGAGCCUCACCCACAGCUAACACGAAACUUGCCGGAGGUGGCACCUUCCGAUCCCGUGCAGAUUGGCGGGUUGGUUGGCAGGCUGGAGUUGAGUCUCACCCUGAAGCAGAAUGAAGUACUUCCCGGGGCGAAGUUGGACGUCGAUGGUCAGAUAGACUCCGUCCAUCUGUUCCUGUCACCGCGGCAGGUGCACUUGCUCUUGGACAUGUUAGCGGCCAUUGCUGGACCAGAAAAUUCUAGCAAAAUAGGAUUAUCUAAUAAAGAUAGAAAAAAUCGACCCAUGCAGCAAGAAGAUGAGUAUCGCGUGCAGAUGGAGUUAAACCGGUAUUAUCUGAGGAAGGACUCCCUGUCUGCGGGGGCAUCGUCAGAGCACAGCUUUUACGAGACGGAAACGGCUCGCACACCUUCUAGCCGCGACGAAGAGGUUUUCUUCUCCAUGGCUGACAUGGACAUGUCCCAUAGCCUCUCUUCUCUCCCACCACUUGGCGACCCGCCACACGUGGACCUUGAGCUGUCCUUAACCAGCACCCCCACAAAGACGCCUGCAGGGUCGCCACUGAGUGCAGCUGUGCUCCAGCCGACUUGGGGAGAGUUCCUUGAUCGUCAGAAAGAGCAGCCAGUGAGGGGGUCCCCGCUCCCACCCCACCUCGGCCACACAGCGUCUCUGCAGAAGACUGCUCUCCCGUCCAGAUCCGUUACUGUGGAUGAAUCCAGGCCUGAACUGAUUUUCAGACUAGCUGUGGGCACUUUGUCUAUCUCUGUGCUUCACAUUGAUCCUUUAUCUCCGCCGGAAACGUCCUCGAACCUUAAUUCCUUGACGUCCAUGGCCACCACGUUCUUUGCUUGCAUAGAGAAGAUGGGUCCUGCAAGGCCUGCAGCUGACGACAUCGGCGCCCUCCGAGCAGCGUUCGCCGAGGCGUGCUCCCAUGACCACCUUAGAUUUCUAGGUACUGGCAUCAAAGUCUCCUAUGAACAGAGGCAGAGAUCAGCCUGUAGCUUCCUCAGCACUGACGUGUCUGUCGGGCAGAUGGAGUUGGUGGAGUGCCUGUUCCCUGGUGACCCCCCUGCUGUCCCCCCUCACUACACAGAGCUUUUAAUGUUCCAUUCCAAAGAAGGGGCCGAUUCGCACGGCCCUAUGUGCCUUCAGCUGCAUUGCAAGCACUCGGAGAGCAGGGGCCCCCAGGGCAGUCAAGCAAGACUUAGUUCAGUUCCUCAGAAAGCCGAACUACAAAUUAAAUUAAAUCCUGUCUUUUGUGAACUGGAUAUCAGUAUUGUGGACAGGUUAAACUCCUUGCUUCAGCCACAGAAACUGACCACCGUGGAGAUGAUGGUGUCGCACAUGUACACGUCAUACAACAAGCCUGUCAGUCUGCACAAAGCUUUCACUGAAGUGUUUCUGGACGAUUCUCAUAACCCUUCAGAUUAUCGGGUGUCUGUCCACGUCAGCACACCGGCAUUAAACCUUGCCAUUCGCUUCCCAAUUCCUGACCUUCGCUCAGAUCAAGAAAGGGGAGCGUGGUUCAAGAAGUCACUUCAGAAGGAAGUCCUUCACUUAGCCUUCACAGACCUAGAGUUUAAGACAGAAUUCGUAGGAGGGUCAACUCCGGAACAAGCCAAAUUGGAGCUCACCUUUAGAGAGCUAGCUGGGUCAUUCCAGGAGGAGAAGGGAGGACCGUCCAUGAAGUUCUUCCACGUGUCCAGCAGGGUGGAUGGAGACGUGGCAUCAUCAGAUGACUUUGACUGGCCACGGAUUGUCCUGAAGGUCAACCCGCCAGCGAUGCACUCCAUCCUGGAGAGGAUAGCCGCGGAGGAUGAGGAGAACGGGGGGCCCUUCCAGGAGGAGGAGGAAGGGGGUGCGCAUUCCCUGAAGGAUGUCUGUGACCUCAAGAGGCCUGCCCCGUCCCCUUUCUCUUCACGCCGGGUCAUGUUUGAGAACGAGCAGAUGGUGAUGCCGGGAGACCCUGUAGAAAUGACUGAGUUUCAGGAUAAAGCCAUUAGCAAUUCUCGCUACGUGCUGGAACUCACCUUACCAAGUGUUAACAUGACCCUGCCGAGUAAGGGCUUUUACGAGAAGCUUUACAACAGGGUCUUCAACGACCUGCUGCUGUGGGAACCCACCGCCCCGUCGCCGGUGGAGACCUUUGAGAACCUCUCCUGCGGGGCGGGGCUCUCGGUGGCCAGCCAGCUGAUCAACACCUUCAGCAAGGACAGCUUCAGCGCAUUCAAGUCCACAGGCCAGUAUGAUGAGGAGAGCGGGUCUGAGGAAGACACCUUGCAGUAUUUCUCGACCCUUGAUCCCAACUACCGUUCCCGGAGGAAAAAGAAACCAGACGCUCAGAACAAGAAUGCCCAGAGCUUCCUCUCGCUCCUUCUCAAUGUCAACCAUGGGCUGGUGGCCGUGUUCACGGAUGUGAGGAAAGACAAUGGAGUCCCGUGGGCAGACAAGCAUGGGGAGUUCUGGCUGGAGUUCAGCAGCGGCUCAUUGUUUUGCGUGACAAGAUACGAAGGGUUCGAGGACAAGCACUAUGUGUGCCUGCACUCUGUUGGCUUCAGUCUGUACCACAAAGGAAUAGUGGACGGAGCACUUCUGCCCACAGAAACGAGACUGCCCAGCACAGCACGCCCGCACUGGUUGGAGCCCACCAUUUACUCCUCUGAGGAAGAUGGCCUCCACAGCGUGGCUUCUGAGGGCGUCGGAGCAGACAGCGGGAAUAUGCUCUCUGUUGCCGUUAAAAUACUGUCUGAUAAAUCAGAAUCCAAUACAAAGGAAUUCCUCAUUGCUGUAGGGUUGAAAGGAGCCACACUCCAGCACAGAGUGCUUCCCUCCGGGCUCAGCUGGCACGAGCAGAUUUUAUACUUCUUGAAUAUUGCUGAUGAGCCUGUUUUGGGAUACAACCCUCCAACUUCAGUCACAACUUUUCAUGUCCACCUCUGGAGCUGCGCUCUCGACUACAGGCCUCUCUACCUUCCCCUCCGGUCCCUGCUCACAGUGGAGACCUUCAGCAUUUCCAGCAGUGUCUCCCUGGACAAGUCGUCUUCCACUCUCAGAAUAAUCCUGGACGAAGCUGCUCUUCAUUUGUCUGGCACAUGCAACACCGUCAAUAUACAUUUGAGCAGAGAUUAUGUUCGUGUGAUGGAUAUGGGGCUUUUGGAAUUAACCAUAACUGCAGUGAAAUCUGAUGCUGACGCAGAUCAACCUGAGCCCCGCUUCGAGCUGCACUGCUCCAGUGACGUGGUCCACAUCCGAACCUGCUCCGAUUCCUGCGCCGCAUUGAUGAACCUCAUCCAGUACGUGGCCAGCUACGGAGACCUGCACCCACCGCACACGGCUGACAUACCCCCAGGGGCUCCACCGAGGAAGGCCAAGGCAGAUCCCAGGGGCCGGCCGCCCUCCCGCGGGCCCGUGCUUCCUGAGGCGCAGCAGCAGAUUCUCCGGGAUCUGAUGAGCGAUGCCAUGGAGGAGGUGGACGUCCAGGAGGCGGCUCUGAGCACCAAGCCCCAGGCCAAUGGCAUUUCUGAUGAGAAGACGCAGGCUCAGGAGCCGUGCUGCUCGGACCUCUUCCUGUUUCCCGAUGAGAGUGGAAACGUGUCCCAGGAGCCGGACCCCGGCUACACCUCCUUUCCACACCACCUGAUCAGCGAUGCCAUGGCGGGCGGGCCCACGGAGAAUGACGACUUCUGCAUCCUUUUUGCACCCAAAGCAGCCACUCAGGAGAAGGAAGAAGAGCCAGUGGUGAGAGUCAUGGUUGACGAUGCCAUUGUGAUAAGAGACAAUUAUUUCAGCCUGCCGGUCAAGAAGGCGGACAGCAGCAAGGGCCCGGUGCGCUUCCCGCUUCCGGUCAUCCGCUACGUGGUCAAGGAGGUCUCUCUCGUGUGGCAUCUCUAUGGAGGAAAGGAUUUCGGAACUGCCCCUCCCUCCUCUCCAGCUAAAAGUCAUGUGAGCCCCCACAGCUCCCCCUCUCACACCCCCACACGUCACGGGCGGAGCGCAGUGUGUGGGGGCAGAGGCCGGAACCAGGACUUGCUCAUGGAAAUACAGCUCAGCAAGGUGAAGUUCCAACACGAGGUGUACCCCCCGUGCCCGCCGGAAGGUGACGCCAGCCUCGUGGAGCACCCAGUCUCCCGCCAGGUGCUCACCGUCCAGGACCUGGAGAUCCGUGACCGCCUGGCCACGUCACAGAUGAACAAGUUCCUGUACCUGUACUGCAGCCGGGAGAUGCCACGCAAAGCCCACUCCAGCAUGUUGACCAUCAAAGCCCUUCACGUGCGCCCCGAAUCUGGCAGGUCGCCCCAGGAGUGCUGCCUCAGAGUGUCACUGAUGCCACUGCGCCUCAACAUCGACCAGGACGCCUUGUUCUUCCUGAAGGAUUUUUUCACGAGUCUUUCUGCUGAGGUGGAGCUUUUAAUGACGCCAGAUCCAGAAGUUAAAAAGUCUCCUGGCGCUGACGUCACCUGCACUCUGCCAAGACACCUAAGCACCUCAAAGGAGCCAAAUCUCGUUGUGUCCUUCCCUGAGCCAAAGACACCUUCCCAGAGCAACGGUGCCAACCUGGCGGACGUGACGACCUGGGAGGAAGAGGAGGAUCCCACAGCUGACGAAGCACCGUUGACCGACCAGCCUGUGUUUUUCAGAGAGUUCCGAUUCACGUCCGAAGUCCCAAUCCGCCUGGAUUACCACGGCAAGCACGUGUCCAUGGGCCAGGGCACCUUGGCUGGGAUUCUGAUUGGCCUUGCCCAGCUCAACUGCUCCGAACUGAAGCUCAAGAGACUUUGCUACCGGCACGGUUUGCUAGGUGUGGACAAGCUGCUCUCCUACGCCAUCUCCGAGUGGCUCAGUGACAUCAAGAAGAACCAGCUGCCGGGACUUCUGGGCGGAGUGGGGCCCAUGCACUCCCUCGUCCAGCUGGUGCAAGGCCUCAAGGACCUGGUCUGGCUGCCCAUAGAGCAGUACCGGAAGGACGGGCGCAUCGUCAGAGGCUUCCAGAGAGGAGCAGCCUCCUUCGGCACGUCCACGGCGAUGGCCGCCCUAGAGCUCACCAACAGAAUGGUGCAGACCAUACAGGCUGCGGCCGAGACCGCCUACGACAUGGUGUCUCCUGGAACCCUAGCCAUCGAGCCCAAGAGGAGCAGGAGACACCCUCAUCACCGGCUCGCCCACCAGCCAGUCGACCUGCGGGAGGGAGUGGCCAAGGCCUACAGUGUGGUCAAGGAGGGCAUCACAGACACGGCGCACACCAUCUACGAGACAGCAGCCCGCGAGCAUGGGAGCCGUGGGGUCACAGGCGCUGUGGGCGAGGUCCUGCGCCAGAUCCCCCCCGCAGUGGUCCGGCCACUCAUCGUUGCCACGGAAGCGACGUCCAACGUGCUGGGUGGCAUGAGGAACCAGAUCCGGCCAGACGUGCGGCAGGACGAGUCUCAGAAGUGGCGGCUGGAGGAAGACUGA